AUGGCUGAAGAAAACGGAACCACCACGCCGGCAGCAAACGGCACCCAGGAUACGGGCAGCGGAAAGAGGCAAAUCCUUCUCAACGCCUUUGACAUGUCCACCAUUGGGCAUCUGUCGCCCGGCCAGUGGAAGAACCCCGUGGACAAGUCAGCGACGAAACGAAACCUGGAAUAUUGGAUCGAGCUCGCCAAGCUGCUGGACCGCGGCGGCAUCAACGCCCUUUUCCUCGCAGACACCUACGGCGGGUACGACACGUACGAAGGGAGCCUGGACAACUGCAUCCGGAGGGCGGCACAAUGGCCCGUGACCGAUCCGACCAUUCCCAUAUCCGCCAUGGCGGCCGUGACCAAGAAUCUCAGCUUCGCCAUCACGGCUUCUACUUCGUUCGAGCCCCCUUUUCUCCUGGCUAAGCGGUUCUCCACUCUGGACCACUUCACCAAGGGCCGGAUCGGCUGGAACAUUGUGACCUCAUGGAAGAAAGCGGCCUUCAAAGCCAUCGGACUGGAUAGCCCGAUCGAGCACGACGAGCGCUACCGCCAGGCGGAUGAGUACCUCCGGGUCCUGUACAAGCUGUGGGAGGGCUCGUGGGCGGAUGACGCCAUCGCGCCGGACCCGGAGAACGACAGCUACGCGGACCCGGACAAGAUCCGGACCAUCAACCACCGGGGCAAGUACUUCUCGCUCAGCAGCCGGCACAUCGUGGACCCGUCGCCGCAGCGAACGCCCUUCCUCUUCCAGGCGGGCACGUCGGAGGCCGGGUCCGAGUUCGCGGCGACGCAUGCCGAGGCCGUCUUCGUGUCGUCGCACUCGCCCGCCAUCCUGCGGCCAAAGGUGGCGCGCAUCCGGGCGCUGGCGGCGGCCAGGGGCCGGGACCCGCGCUCGAUCAAGUUCUUCGCCACCUUCACGCCCGUCCUGGGGCGGACCGACGCCGAGGCCGAGGCCAAGCUGGCCGAGCUGCGCCGGUACGCGUCGACGGUGGGCGGGCUGGUGCUCUUCAGCGGCUGGACGGGCGUCGACAUCUCGCGCAUCCCGCUCGACCAGCCCAUCACCGCGGCCGACUCGCUCGAGGCGCACAAGGUCCGCAGCAUCCUGGACGCCUUCACCACCACCAGCCGCGAGGUGCCCGAGUGGACCCCGCGCGUCGUCGCCGAGCGCGCCUCCAUCGGCGGUCUCGGCCCCGUCGCCGUCGGCAGCCCGGCCACCGUCGCCGACGAGAUGGAGCGUUGGGUGCGCGAGGCCGACCUGGACGGUUUCAACAUCGCCUACGUCACCACCCCGGGCUCGUUCGAGGACCUGGUCGACCUGCUCGUCCCGGAGCUGCGCCGCCGCGGCCUCUACCCGGACCCGCCCGAGGAGCCCCUCACCGCGCGCGAGAAGAUCUACGGCAAGGGCCAGAAGGGCCUGCGGGACGACCACCCGGGCAGCGCCUACAAGUACGCCGUCUACAAGGAGGACCCGCCCCAUGUUGACGAACCGCAGCCGCAGCAGGAGCAGGAGCAGGAGCAGGAGCAGGAGCAGGAGCAACAGCAACAACAGGCGGCCGAGACGAAAUGA